AUGUUGGCUGAAGAGAAAGUGAGACAAGAAGCGAGGCAGGAAGCUGACAGACUAAAGGAUGAGAAACAGAGAGAGGUACAACUGAGACAAAUGGAGGAAGAGCGGCGACUGGUGGAGGAGGCAGAGAGGCAGAAGGAGGCAGCUACCAGGAAGCAGGGCUCUGACAUGGGCAGCAAGUCCUCUAGUAAUAGUCCUUCCCCUCCCUCUGCUGGUCCUGGGACCCCGCAGGAAGGGUCAGAAGGUCAAGAUGGGGCCAGGCAGGCUGACACCAGUAUGGAGAAAAAUAAGGUACAGACGAGAGGCAAACACAAAGAUGAUCAGUCGCCACUUCAAGUGGACUUCACGGUUGAAAAAGAGUCCACCUCCAGCACGCUGUCUGUCUCCACAGUCACCCAGUCAUCUCACCAUCCACACUCCUUGAGCGGUAACCUCAGUAAACUUGUAGUCAGUGGUCUGUCUACAACCAGCGAGAGUGUCUCAAUCACAGCUGUGUGCAUGUCUGCGUCCUCUCGUGCCCCCCGCCCUGCUAACACAGGAGGCAAGGCUAAUACCACUCCACCAAGUAUUGAUAAUAGACUCAUUCUCACUGCCAAGCAUAACAAGAACCGCCAGCCAGUGAACCCCUCAACCUAUGUGGGUAAUGGUAAUAUGAGGCCAGCAGUAUCGGAAGCGGCAGAGGUCACUUCUUCCAACAAUCAUAUGGCAAUACAGCAGCAAGAACUGCUGAAGAAACAAACCCAACAGUUGAUACAGCUCAAGGUUAAGCAAGAACUGAAGAACCAACAACAGCAGCAGCAACAACAACAGCAAGCAAAAUUACGGCAGCAGAACAAGCAGUCCCAGCAUCAGCAGCAGCGACUGCCACCUGUAGCAGCAGGGGGCCAGAAGGAUGGAGCAAAGAAACCAGCAGAUAUCAACGGUCAACAGAACAGCUUAAACCACGGGAACGCGAAAAAUGCCUUCAAUGCAAAGCCAACAGUGCAGAUAAACAACUCUAAGGAGACUGGAAGUGCAUCCUUGAGGACAGAGCCAGUGGUGAACCGAAACAACCAAGCAGCUCCCAGCAAGGCUCCAUUACAGGGCAUUGAUGGAAGCCUGCAGAAAGCUGCAGCACAGCAAGACCAGAGUCAGUCAGCCAGCAAAGGAAAGGCCACUAUCAGGAAGCCUGAGGACAAUCUAAACCAACAGAACCAGUCUGCACCUCAGUUACUGAGAAAUGGGCAACUAGCCAGUGCCCAUCAGUCUGGGCCAGCAGUCUGUACCCCUGGUCACCUACACUUACAGCAGAACGGGUUCAUAGGUCAAGGGCUGCCAGCAAUGGGUCAGGUGAGGCAAUCACCCCAGGGCCAGGCAGAGCACAACGGGGAGGCUAGAACACCCACACUCAAGGAGAGAGACAAGGGAAAACAGCUGCAGAACUCGCCCCCCUCUGAUCAGGGAUUCUUCAUGCUGUUCAGUUUUUGCUCACAGAAAAUGUGGAUGAAGCAAAGGUCAUAA